AUGGAAAUACAAUCAAAAGAGGCCAGAAUAAUCUUAGCUAUUGAAGCUAUUCAAAAAUCAAAAAAUCUUACAGUUGGAAAGGCUGCGAAAAUCUACAAAGUCCCUCGAACUACAUUACGAGAUAGAAUGGGCGGUCGAAUUCACAGACUGGAAACUCGAGCAAAUAAUCUUAAUUUGACUGAAAAAGAAGAAGAGGUGCUUAUUCAGUAUAUUAUCGAUAUGGAUGAAAGAGGAUUUGCACCUAAAUUAAGUGGUGUAGAAGAUAUGGCGAAUUAUAUUCUCGAAUCAAGAGGUGCGAAGAGAGUUGGAAAGCUCUGGGCUCAUCGAUUCGUAAAGCGUUGUACAAAAUUAAAGACGCGUUUUAGUCGUGUUUAUGACUUUCAAAGAGCUCUCUGCGAAGAUCCCAAGCUUAUUGAAGAGUGGUUUGGAUUGGUAUCGAAUAUGCGGGCGAAAUAUGGUAUUCAAGAUUGCGAUUUCUACAACUUCGACGAAACCGGCUUUAUGAUGGGUAUAAUAUGCCCUGGAAUGGUUGUAACUAGUUCUGAAAGAAAUGGCAGAAACAAGGCAAUACAACCAGGCAAUCGAGAAUGGGCUACGGCAAUUAUAUGUGGUAAUGGAGAGGGUGAAACUAUACCUCCAUUUCUGAUAGUUCAAGGACAAGUUCAUCUUUCCAAUUGGUAUACCGAAACCGAUUUUCCUGCGGAUUGGGCUAUUAAACCUACUUCUAAUGGAUGGACGAAUAAUGAGACAGGUUUAGAAUGGUUAAAGCACUUCGAUAAAUAUACUAGUCAACGAAGAAAGGGCAAAUAUCGAAUUUGUCAAGUUGAUGAGUUUAUCAAGGCAUAUAUCAAUCAUAUUUCUAAGGUUGAAUUCUUUAUAGCUUUCAAAGCUGCAUAUCAACAAUCGAUUACAAUUCAGAAUAUGAAAGCUGGCUUUCGAGGAGCAGGACUAAUACCAUUUGAUCCUCAAGCUGUGCUUUCGAAAUUAGAUAUUCGAAUUCGCACACCUACCCCUCCAUCGAUCCUUUUGGAAUCUGCCAACUCUUGGGUCUCUCAAACACCUCACAAUCCAACUGAAGCUCUUUUACAAUCAACUUUAGUGAAAUCUCGAAUUGCUCGACAUCAAUCAAGCUCUCCUACACCUAUAUUCGAAACUGUAGUUGCAUUAGCUAAGGGUACAGAACGACUAGCUCAUGAGAAUACACUCUUAAGUGCAGAGAUUCGUAUGCUUCGGAAGGCAAAUGAGGCAUUAAGCAAACGUCGACACGUUAAAAAAACUCAAUUACGUCAAGGAGGAGUACUUACUGGUCAGGAAGCUAUAGAUAUAAUAUCACAACAAGAGGUGGAUAUUCAGAUUCGACGCGACGAGCGUCAAAAUAGGGGAAAUUCCAAUGGGGAAUCAUCUACUAAUCGAUGCUGUAGUAAAUGUGGAAAGACUGGUCACAAUUCAAGAACUUGUUCUAAUAAUAUAAUAGACCCUAUAUUAUUAGAUUCUUAA